UGAAAAUGCGCGAAGGAAGGUGCGCGAUCCCCGAGCCAACUUCGAGCAGUCGCUGCGUGUGCUGAAGCACGCCAAAGAGGUCCAGCCCGGCGUCAUUUCCAAAACCUCCAUCAUGCUGGGGCUAGGCGAGACAGAUGAGCAAGUGUAUUCCACCAUGAAAUUACUGCGGGAAGCAGAUGUAGAUUGUUUGACCCUGGGACAGUAUAUGCAACCAACAAAACGUCACCUAAAGGUUGAGGAGUACGUAACUCCCGAAAAAUUUAAGUACUGGGAAAAAGUAGGAAAUGAUCUUGGAUUCCAUUACACUGCUAGUGGGCCUUUAGUGCGCUCCUCCUAUAAAGCAGGUGAAUUCUUCUUGAAGAACUUAGUAGAAAAAAGAAAGACAAAAGCCAUCUGAAAAUGAGAGUGAACUUAUUUAAAGCAGCCAGUUACAAGGAUUCUUUUUUCAGCAUGUAAUUAUCCUCAGUUCCAGAAAUGCAGAAAACCAGAUGGUGGAUGUAUGAAUAAACUUACUAUCUUUCUGGAACACACUUCUCUCACUACAACGCUUCACAUUAUUUUACCUCAUUCCUCCUGGCAAGGCUACAACUA